AUGACUAACAAAUCACUUGUGCUUCUGAGCCUGGUUGUUCUUCAUAGCUCUCUUACAAAUGAAAAAAGAGCAUGUCAAUGGCAAUUGGUGAAAGGAUGGCAUCCACAAAUUCCAUCUUCUGUUGUGGUGAGUUGGAUGUUAACAGAAAAUAUUUGCAUGGAUUUCAAUGGAGAUUGUGAGUUUUGGGAUGUGCACACUAAAAUGAAUACUUCAAGCCAGCAAGUUGUUUCGCAGAUUUGCCUUUUACAAAUUCUACUAGGAGACACCCUUGUGAUUUCUUCUGACCCAUCUCUUCUGUGUUCAAAAAUAAAUUUUGCGAAUGUUUCUGAAGAAUCUUUUAUUGAUUUUCUCCAAAAUACCACAAAUGAAGAUGAGUUACUCUUUGGUUGCAAACUAAGCAGAAAGGACCACAUCAAUCCUAAGUGGCUGAGGGUUGGGACAAAUUAUUUAAUCACAGUAAUGAAAAGUGGUCCGUCCCUUUGUCAGCUGGGACUUCAAUUUAAUGUGACAGGGAAGCAGCAGCUAUGCCAGGAAUAUCUGAAUUCAAAAUUUUGCUCUGGGCAAAGUAAAUGUCUCAGUCAAGUUUGGAACAAGACGUAUAGCUGCCAUUGUCAGACUCUGUCUUCUCGAAAGUACUGCCAGGAAUUUGAUACAUUUUUUUACAAACCAUGUCAAAAUAAAGGAAGUUUCACUAAUAAAAAAGGAGAAUGGAAUAAGCAAGGAUACGAAUGUAUCUCUCACCCACCAUUUACAGGGUAUAUCAGUAUGCCAGAAUUUACUGGAAAAAAUUGUAAGGAAGAAAUUGACAACUGCAAACCACUCAGCAUCAACUGUCUAAAUGAAGGAUGGUGUUUCAAUAUAACUGGAAGAUUCAGAUGUGUAUACAUUUCAGGAUGCACAAGGAAUUCAUGUUGGUUUGUGGAGAAGGUUUACUUAAUUCAUGGGAACUUCUGCUACAACAGAACCACUUGUGAUGAUAUUUGCCAAACUAACAGUCCUCAUCAAUUUGAAUAUGUUUGGCAAUUAAGAUGUACAGGAUUUGAAAGCGAAAAAUACGAGGUUGUUGAUGCCUGCUUCUCUGUCAUUGCAAACUGCACUGAAAGCCCCAUUUAUUUGAAAAACACUGAAGACCUUAAUUAUGCAUAUUGGUUCCCAUGUGAAGGAAUAAUGGAGACAUGUACAUGCACCUGUUUGACUGAUGAAGAUAGUGGAAGAUAUCAAUGUCCAUGCAUUUCCAGGUGUGCAGGCAAAAUGUAUGUUGCAGAUAUAACUGACUGUCAAGAAAGUAGACAUCAACAUGAAACUAUUUGUAAAGAUGAAAAUAAUGUGCCCAGACCCAGUUAUAUUCUCAGUUUUGUCAGGAGAUUCUGUAUUCUCAAAGUUAAAUACUACUCAGAAAACCAGAGUUUAUUGGUUCAUGGCCUCUGCCUGAUCCAUUUGCACAACUGCAACUGUACCUAUCUGCAAAGCUGUGAAGGAAACAUCUGUGAACCAGACACUGAAGAUUAUAAAGCAGUGCCCUGCAAAGAUGGAGCAACCAGGAUAUAUUUAAGUGGCUAUUUCUUCAGCAAAUGUAUCCCAGGAUUUAUAGGCAAUCGCUGUGAAUAUGAAAUAGAUGACUGUGCUUCACAUCCCUGCAAGAAUGGUGCCACCUGCGUUGACCAGCCUGGUAAUUACUUCUGCCACUGUGUGGCUCCAUUCAAAGUGAUUAAUGGCUUCUCCUGCUUAUGCAACCCAGGCUAUGCUGGAUUGAGAUGUGAACAGGAUAUUGAUGAUUGUAUCCUUAAUGUUUGUGAGCACAAUUCUACCUGCAAAGAUCUGCACCUUAGCUAUCAAUGUGUCUGCCUGCCUGGCUGGGAAGGAACGUUUUGUGAGCAAGACUCCAACGAGUGUAAAAUGAAUCCUUGCAAGAACAAUUCCACCUGUACUGACCUUUCCAACAACUAUCACUGUGAAUGUACCUCUGGAUGGACUGGACAAAAUUGUAGUGAAGAAAUAAAUGAAUGUGAUUCUGAUCCAUGCAUGAAUGGAGCACUUUGUCAUGAAUCUACCAUUCCUGGGCAUUUUGUAUGUCUCUGCCCACCCUUUUACUCUGGACAAUUCUGCCAUCAACGCUAUAAUUUCUGUGAUCCACUCAAUGAUCCUUGCAGAAACAACUCAACAUGCUUGACUCUGUUUGAUGGAGAUCAUUAUUGUGUUUGUACAGAAGGAUUUGAAGGUGAACACUGUGAAAUUGAUAUGAAUGAGUGCCUCUCCCUACACUGCCAGAAUUGUGUUUACUGUGAGGAUGGGGUCAACAAUUUCAGGUGAGUUUGCAGACCUGUAUUUUCUGGAUCUCUUUGUGAAAUUAAAAUGUAUGAGCGUUCCUUUAACCCUUACAAAACUAAUGGAACCUGUGUAGAUCUUACAAAUAGAUUUUUAUGUAAUUGUGUACCUGGGUUCCAUGGAUGCUUCUGUGAAUUGGAUGUGAGUGACUGUAAAACCUCACUUUGUCAAGAUGGAGAAAACUGUGCUAAGAGAACUGGACGAUAUAAAUGUCUCUGUACUUCUGGUUAUACAGGCAUUGAUUGUGAAGUAAAUGUAGAUGCAUGCCUAUCAGAGUCCUCUCUACAUGAUGGAGUUUAUAUUGAUGGCAUCAAUCUUUACAGCUGUGACUGCAAGAGUGGCUUUUUCGGGAAACACUGUGAAACUAGUACAAAUGAAUGCCUCUCAAGUCCUUGUCUACGAGGAAGAUGCAUAAAUCACAUUAAUGCGUAUCAAUGCACAUGUGAUAUAGAUUGGACUAGCUCAAGAUGUGAGAUCAAGAUUAAUGACUGCACAUCAAUUCCUUGUGUGAAUGAAGCCCUCUGUCAGAAGCUGAUAGAUGAAUUUACUUGCAUUUGUCCAAGUGGAUUCACUGGCAUAUAUUGUGAAAUAGAUAUUGAUAGUUGUGCUGAGCCUGACCUGGAUCGGGUACUCUGUCUUAAUGGAGGAAUUUGUGUUGAUGGUCCAGGAAAGACCUUUUCCUGCAGAUUUCUUCCUGGAUUUUCUGGUCAAUUUUGUGAAGUUAAUAUAAAUGAAUGUUCUUCAUCACCAUGCCUACACAGUGGAAAUUGUGAAGAUCAAAUCAAUGGAUAUAUUUGCAAAUGUCAACAAGGAUGGUCAGGACUUCACUGUGAGGGAAAACUUGAGUGCCUUCCCAACUCAUGUACUCAUGGAAUAUACUUAGAAAAGGAACCUAGCUUUGGCUCAAUCUGUUUAUGUGUACCAAGAUUGAAGUUUGGUUUAUUUAUUGAUUAUUUACCCUCAUAUUCAAAAAAGACAGAUAUUUUCAAGGAUAAUGUUCUUCUAACCACUGGUUUGGCUGCAUCAAGCAUUGACUUAUCCUUUGAAAGCUAUUUGUUCGAAGAACUGAUUUCCACAAGAAAACAUUUAGCAAGGAACAGUGUUCCUUCUUCCACAGAUGUUUCCUUUUCUUCACAUCUGAAAUUUGGUAUUCUUGCCCCAAAACAGCUUGUCUUGGACACAACAUCUGGGUCACAUAUGCCCACUCAAAUGUCAACAGACACCCCAGCAUUCCUUUCUCCUGAUAGGAUAGUGAUGACUUCAUUUAUCAUCUCUUCCUUAAAGAAAGAUUUUAGUUUCUAUACACAAUCUUUAUUAUAUGAGAACUAUCAGACUGUUGUCUUAUCUGCUACUACAAUGAGUUCAGUAAUUAGUGACAUUCCAGGAGCUGAUAUUGAGUUAAACAGUCACUCAUUACUCUCCCGUGGAUUCCUACUCACAACUUCUUCCACAAGUGCACCUCCAGUUGUCUCUAGGGAGACUCAAGAGGUUAUUCAAGAAUAUUUAACUGUUUUGUUAAUUUCAAGACGAGAACACCGGAGAUUGCUGAGUUCCACAAUGCAUCCCAUUUCUCCUGCUAAGAUAAUUAUAUCCAAACAGGUAGCCCUCUUAAACUCAUCAACUCUGUACCAAUUCAGUACACAUGCCUCCAUUCCCAGUGAAUAUCAGAUUAUUACUGAAGCAUCUAGCAACUGGAGACUCACAAACAUCAAAUCACAGGCUGCUGAUUCUUUAAGUGAAUUAAGCCAAACAUGUGCAACAUGUUCUAUGACUGAAAUAAAAUCCUCUCAUGAAUUCUCAGAUCAAGUUUUGCAUAGCAAACAGUCCUACUUUUAUGAGACAUUCUGGAUGAACUCAGCGAUAUUAGCCAGCUGGUAUGCGCUAAUGGGAACUCAAACGAUCACUUCUGGGCAUUCAUUUUCUUUUGCUACUGAAAUAACACCAUCAGUGGCAUUCACAGAACUGUCAUCUUUAUUUCCUUCUAAAAUGAGCACAGAAAGAACAAUUUUACCCUCAUCCUUGGAAGAAUCCAUUACUCUAUCAAGUAAUUUGGAUGUUAAUUUAUGUUUGGAUAAGACUUGUUUAUCCAUUGCCCCUUCACAAACUCUCUCUUCAGACCUGUUGCAUUCUGAUUUGACUUCAAAAUUGACUGAUGAUUCUUCAGUGUCAGAAAACAUAUUAAAGUUAUUGAAAAUAGGACAAUAUGAUUUAACUAUGGGACCCACUGAAAUACUGAAUGAAGAUAUUUUAUUGGACAUGAAAGAGAGUAAGAGAUCUCAUAAACCAUUCAAACUUUACACAACUAGUAAUUCUUUUGACUUUGAAUUAAACUCACAAAGCUUUACAGAUGUUACCUUAAAUGUAUAUUUAGAAACCAUACAUUCAAGUGAUCUGAAAUACAACGUGCCACCAUAUAUAGACUCGACGUCUGAUGUUUCAGAAGUGACUUCUAAUGUUGCAUUUUAUACAGUUUCACCAACCCAGUCACUUCCAAUACAGAAAUCUUUCCUCAAGUCUGCAAUUAUGCCAGAUUGGCCUUAUUAUACAGAUUAUCUUACUUUAACAUAUGAUUUCCUAGAAGAUGUCAGGACUUCUUCACAAUGGUCCAAAUGGAAACUUCAGACUAGUGUGCAAGAACAGGAAUCUUCUACAAGCCAAAGUCUUUCCAUCACUACAUCUCUUACUUUGUCUUCAUUGGAGUCUGUUGCAGCACCUUGUCAGCUGAUGGUUUCUG